CAGUCCAGAUCAGCAGACAACAUGGCAGCCAUCGGAAGAAAAGCCCUCCUCAGCAUCAAUACGCUGCGUCCAUUGGUGGCUUGCUUCCACACGGCCCGAGGUCUCCAUGGUGUUGCUCCUCUCACCUCAGCUAUUCAAGCUCCUGUGAGCAAGCCGGAGGGCAGGACCACAGCCACCUUGAUCCCUGGUGAUGGCGUGGGGCCUGAGCUGUGCCAAGUGGUCCUCGAUGUCUUCCAGAACGCUGGCGUCCCGGUGGAUUUUGAGGAGCACUACCUUACUGAGCUUUAUGCCAGGAGGUCAGAGAGCCUUGAUGAUGUCGUGGAUAGCAUCAAGCGGAACCGCCUCUGCCUCAAGGGUAUUCUGGCCACCCCUGACCACAGCUCAGAUGGUGAGCUCAAGACUCUUAACAUGAAGCUCAGGGAUGAGUUGGACUUGUAUGCCAAUGUCGUUCAUGUAAAGUCACUAGAUGGCAUUAAUGUUCGGCACAAGAAUAUCGACAUGGUGGUCAUCCGUGAGCAGACUGAGGGUGAAUACUCAGCCCUAGAGCAUGAGAGCGUUGCAGGAGUGGUUGAAUGUCUGAAGAUCAUGACCCGCCAGAAGUGUAGGCGCAUUGCCAAGUUCGCCUUCGACUAUGCUACCAAGCAUGGCCGCAAGAAGGUGACAGCAGUGCACAAGGCCAACAUCAUGAAGCUUGGUGAUGGCCUCUUCCUGAAGCAGUGUGAAGAGGUGGCAGCCAUGUAUCCAAACAUCGAGUUCUCCAACAUGAUUGUGGACAACUGCACUAUGCAGAUGGUCUCCAAUCCGCACCAGUUUGACGUCUUGGUGCUACCCAACCUCUAUGGCAACAUCAUUGACAACCUCGCAGCUGGUCUUGUAGGGGGAGCUGGAGUUGUGGCUGGAGCAUCAUAUUCUAGCGACUCUGUGGUGUUUGAGCCAGGUGCACGUCACACCUUCAGUGAAGCCGUAGGUAAGAAUGUCGCCAACCCAACCGCCAUGUUGCUUGCCUCGGCAAACAUGCUUAACCACAUCAACUUGCAGUACUAUGGCGACAUGAUCAGGAAUUCAGUUGACCGAGUCAUUCGAGUCGGGAAGGUGAGGACGAAGGAUAUGGGUGGUUUUGCCACAACCACAGCCUUCGCAAAUGCAGUCAUCGCCAACCUCCAACAGUGAGAGUGAGGCGUGUAAAGGCCAGAAGGACUUAAUAUCACAAUGACACUAGUAUUCAUAACAAUAGUGAAGUGCAGACGUAAAAGAUGAUAGUAUUAUAUUGUAUAUAUCACUGCUACACCUUAGAUUAUCAUAUCUGUGAGGGCAGAAUUGUGACAGUAAAGCUUGUCUAGAGGUGUGGAUGAGCAGUAGCUCCUUUAUUUAUUAACUAGUGUGGAUAGUGUUUUUACUUAAUCACAAAAAUAGUUUGAGUUUAGUGCACGGCAACUAAUAUAGUCAGGUUACUGUUACACAAAAAAUAAGAAAAAAAUCUAAGUAAACACUUAGAACCAAAUAAUAUCUACCUAAAGACUUGAUCUCUCAAUUCUUUGAAAUUCCAAACUGUUUCGAUGUUUGUUUAUAACCUUAAGUGUUUGUACAGGAUCCAUUCAAGAUAGCUCUUUUUUUUUCUGAGUAAGAAUAGAUAACUAUUUAUUUUUCACUGUGUAAAAGUAUGAAUAUGUUUAUGAUCUCAUAUUAGAGGAAAAAUGCAUUUAUUUACCAUAAUAGUUUAUAGAUAAUUAUCCUUUUAUGGACAUCUAGUCAAGAAUGUACUGAAUGCUGCAUGAUUUAAAGACUCAGCAGAGGAAAAUAUAGUGGUAGACAUCUUAUUUUUAUUUAUUAAUAUUUCCAUUUUUUCUUUUUCUUGAUCUUUCCUAGCAUACUGCUGUAACUUGCCCACAGACAUAGAUCUCAAUCCCUCUUUUUGUUUUUAAUCCUUCCGCCCCAGGUACGAACCAAGGAUAUGGGAGGACACUCUACCACCUUUGACUUUUCUCAGGCCGUCAUUUCAAACUUGCGGCAUUGAGAGUUAAGAAUGAAGCAGGUUGGUAAUUCAUCAUCAGACCUUCAUCAGUGUGCAAGAAAUCUCAAAUUUUAUUUAUGUAAAUCUGUUUAAAGUGUUCAUCCAUUAUUAUGCAGUAGGCUUAUGUUUUCUGAGAAGAUGCAAUUUUGUGGCAAAUUCAAGGAAGAUCUCAAAAUUUCAUAGUUCAUCUCACAGGAGUUAUGUGAGGCUUACAAAGUUCAAAGUUUGUUUGCAUGUUGAGAAAUACAUCACUCAAGGUGAAUUGUUAAUUGUCUACCUAACUUAAAGUAAUUAUGGUUAAAUUAGGUGUGGUUAAUGAUAUAUUUUUAUUUUCAAUUCCUCUAGUUUGUUACUAGUGAAGGUUGCAGAGCUAUCUUCGUAUAUUAUAUAAUAAUAGAUGGCACUGUCAUUAUUAUAAUGUAGUGUUGUUGAUGUUUUCAUUAUUUUUUUUUAUUAUUAUUGUCUUUAUUAUUAUCAUCAUUAUCAUUAUCAUUAUCAUUAGCAUCAGCUUAUGAUUUUAAUAAUGACUGGACCACAAAAAAACACUGAUUUUAAAUCAAGCUAAAUGUUUAUCAUUAUUAUUGUUAUUAUUAUUAUGAUUAUGAUUGUGAUUGUUAUUAUUUGUUUUAUUAUUAUAAUUAUCAUAAUUAUUAUUAUAAUUAUGAUAAAGGAGCUGAUUUUACUGUUCAGAAUUUUGGUAGAACAUGUACUGUCUUAGAGAUAUGAUUAUCUAUAGAUUGUCAAGACAGUAUUUAUAAUGUGAAUGUCUUGCAUUUAGGAAAAGAAUUUUUUGUAUAUAUGAAAUCUCGUGUAAAUAUAUUACAAUUAUGGCUAUAUUA